CUCUGGCCAACAGGACCUCCCUCGCCCCUCAGAAGAAGCGGACUGACCGGGCCUAAGCCAUCGUUACCGUUCCCGCGCUGCGAAGCCGCGAGGGGCUUCCUCCCGUAGUUCCUAGGACUACCAACAUCGUCGUCUUCGGCUGAGCUGAGCCCUGGUGGAUCGCUUGGAUGAAAUCGUCAUUAACGGCUGAAGGGAGACAUCGGUCAUUCGGACUAGAAGGAUGCAUCGGGUCAAGUAUUUUGUUUUUCGCUCUUCCUUUUUUUCUUCCCCCGCCUCUCCCCCGACCCCUCCUUACCCUCCCUACCCCUCUCCAUUCAUCGCGCUGGUCGCACCCAAGUACUCGUCGUACUCACGGUUCUCACCGCAGAUCACUCCCUUCCCUCCUUCAGACUUCCUCUCGCCCCGGACCUCUUUCGUCGUCAAGCCGUGCCGGACUCCAUCAGCUACGAAGGAAACACGUCGCUCGGUACCGCUUGCAGACAGGCCGAGUAAUGGGCCGUCGACGUCUUCUGGAGUCGGGAUGGACAGGGUCGGAAGGCGUCAGGGACAGUAUGGAUCGCGGGAGUGGAGUCAGGGGGCCGAGAAGAUGUUCCUUCAUCCCCACCCCUCUCUGCCCUCUACCUCUUCUCUCUCUCUCUCUCUCUCUCUCUCUCUCUCUCUCUCUCUCUCUCUCUCUCUCUCUCUACCUUUGUUUUUCGCUCUGUUGUUUUCUGUUUCUCUCCGCCGCUUGGGUAAGACACGAGGUUCUCCUCGUCUGAUGUUUGCCUUGCAGGACGCCCGGGUAACCCCCCAAUACGUAUUUUCUUUCGCACGGAUGACCAGACCGGAACAGGAUAAACAUUGCACCUCGGCCUCCAUAGGACAGAUCCGGAUGAUGCCAAACAGGUGGACUUUUUUCGCUCGCUGGACCUGUAGAAGUUUACUGUAGUCGGACACCUUUGGUUGAAUGUAUUUUAGACUGCUUGUCAUAGUACGCUAUAUCCUGUCGGCU